AUGUCUCGUGGUGCAACUGUAAAUCAAUCUAAUUUGAUAUCUGAUCGAUUACAAUCUCGUUUGCCAUUGGAACAUUCAUUUGAUGCCUGGGAAGCAAUCAACCGAACGCCGUUGGAAUGGCCGGAAGCUAAAAAGAAUGCGCAUAUAGUCAGGGAAUGGGGUAUACAGGUCGAAUAUUUGGUCGUAAAUUACAAAGACAAUGAUGAGAAAGUUACCUUAUCUUUGAGACAGGCAGAUAUCUUGACCGCAUUAGCGCAAGAUGAGGAGUUGCGUACGAAUGGAGGAUGUGUACCAGCACUACAGGACGUUACGAAUACCAACGCAUUACCAGUUUUCCAUCCGGAAUUCGGACGCUUUAUGCUGGAAGCUACACCUGGAAGACCUUGGGGAAUUGGAUUCAAGGAUUUAUUGGACGUUGAACCGAAUAUGAAGUGGAGGCGGAAGCUUGCUAAAGAGCAUAUGAAUGCUGAGGAGUAUCCAAUCACCUUGACAACUUAUCCUCGCUUGGGUUCUCCAGGGGUAUUUACGUCCCCUUUUUUCCCGCCUUCGGGGGAGAAAUUACGGUCUCAAUUUGUUCCCGAUGAAAUCGCCAAUCCACACAUUCGUUUUCCUACUCUUGCAGCCAACAUUCGUGCAAGAAGAGGCCGAAAGGUUGAAGUGAAUGUACCGGUUUUUAGAGAUGAAAACACUGCCUGGCCUUGGAAAGACCCGACCGUUAAUUACGACUUGCAGAGUUGGCCAGAGGACGAUGAUGUUCGGAAUGGCGCUGCUCCCGACAACUUCAUCCAUAUGGACGCAAUGGCUUUUGGCAUGGGCAGCUGUUGUUUGCAGAUUACCUUCCAAGCUAAAAACAUCACUGAAGGGCGACGAAUGUAUGAUCAGUUAAGUCCUUUGGCUCCGAUUCUUCUCGCCUUGACAGCGGCGACUCCAAUUUACAAAGGCUUCUUAGCCGAUACGGACGUCAGAUGGAACCAAAUCAGUCGCUCUGUAGACGAUCGAACUCCAGAAGAGUUGGGAGAGAAGCCCCUGAAGCAUGAUCGAUGGCGCAUACCCAAAUCACGUUAUGCCUCCAAUUCUACAUACAUUUCAGAAGAUCCUCGAUUACGAAAGGAGUACUUGGAUCCCGAUCUUGUGAUCGAUCCCGAGGUCAAACAACAGCUUAUGAAUGAGGGCAUGGAUGAUCGUUUAGCCACUCACUUUGCACAUCUUUUCAUUCGGGAUCCCAUUGUCGUCUUUGCUGAGGAUCUGGAAGAACUCGAUUUAUCGAAAACGGACCAUUUCGAGAACCUUCAGUCAACCAACUGGCAACAUAUGCGUUUCAAACCACCACCAACAGGGAGUGAUAUUGGCUGGAGAGUAGAAUUUAGACCAAUGGAGAUCCAAAUCACCGAUUUUGAGAAUGCUGCCUUUUCAGUAUUUAUUGUACUCAUCACACGGGCAAUCCUCUCCUUCGACCUCAAUUUUUACAUACCUAUCGCUAAAGUAAGUGAAAAUAUGGAAACAGCACAUGCUCGAGAUGCAGUCCUGGAACAGAAAUUUUACUUUCGAAAGAAUCCAUUCCCAACUCGCGCGCCGCGACCAUAUUCCUCGAAUGGUGGUGCAUCUGGCGGAGCAUCUGGUACCAACACCCCACUUAGUAUUUCGAGGCCACCUACGCCAUCUGGCCCGGUAGAGGACGAAUAUGCACUUAUGUCCGUCGAUGAAAUUAUCAAUGGCAGCAAGAGUGAUUCGGAGAACAAAUUCCCAGGCUUAAUACCGCUGGUGGAAUCAUAUCUCGAUAGCGUCAAUAUUGAUGUCCAAACCAGGUGUGAGUUGGCGUCUUACUUGGAUUUAAUCAGAAAGAGGGCAGACGGAAGAUUAUGGACAGCAGCAAAAUGGAUAAGAAACUUCGUUGCGGGUCAUGAGGAUUAUAAGAAGGAUAGUGUAGUGAACGAGAAAAUCAACCAUGACUUAAUAAAAGCGGUCAUUGGUAUGGGAGAAGAAUGUACAAAAGGUAUCAAGGAUGCUGAGAAAUUCUUGGGUCGGGAGAGAUGUGAGAGUUGUUGA